AUGGCGGCAAGAUCCACUGGAGGACGGAGUCACACGAAGAAUGCUAGCACCAGAAGGUCAAGGAGAGAGACUUUUAUAGCCCAUGUAUCGCGUGUGGCAGACAGCGGUCGUAGCCGAGCUCGCUUUACAACUAUUCUGUUGAUAUGCGGUGUCUUGGCUGUAUAUGGAGCGACCCGGUGGUUGAACGCAGAGGAAGUUGCUGCUUCUGCCCGUGCGGCAGCAGCAACACGGCGAGAGGAGCUGCAGGAGUCUCUGAGCCAGUACGAAGAGAAAAUCAAGGAAUCAACCCUUUUAACAAAGGAGCUUGCCGACCGCAAGGCUGAGGCGGCAAGGAAGCAGGCAGAGGUGCAGGCAGCAGCGUUAGAGGCAGAAAAGGCGGAGACCGAGCUAAUGGAACAAUUAACAUUGCAAGGCAAAGGAGGCGGGGAUCUGCUGCUAUUGGCACAGAGCAUGGAGAGGGAAUCCGAAGCAUUGGAAGAGGAGACACGAGUGCUACAAGGGAAGCUUAAGGUGCUGCAAGACACAAGCCCUGGAAGUAUGUCUGGGUUAUUAAAACAGGCGUAUGAGGAACAACGGCGAGUAGCUCUUAAAAAGAGAAGUGUGUUAGAUAAGAUGGCAGAGCUGGCUCUGCUCGAGUCCAAGUGGGGAGACGCUUUAAAAACAGAGGGGGGAGAAUUGCUGCAGCAGAUAGAAGAAGCAAGCCAGGAGUUGGAGGGCCUUAAGCUGAAGAAGCUCGAGAUAAAGAGGGAAAAGCUAGAAAAUGCCCAAUUAGCUCUUUCCCUGGAAAGCAAGCAAGAGGCUAAAAUGCAGCUGGAACAGCAGGUGCGACAGCUAAAGGGACAGCUGCAGAUGAGGGAAGACGAGCAAGAAGAGAAGGAGAAGGAAGUUGCCGACCUCCAAGCAGGACUAGAAGAACUUAAGGACCAGCUAGGGGAACUACAGAACGAGAUCCAGCUAGCCAAGGCGAAGAAGUCAGAUUUGGAGUUAGAUUUUGCCCGCAAGAGGAAGGCGUUCUUGGACGCUUUAGCGCCUCUAGAAUCAAGCAUUGCAGCAAAAGGAAAAGACAGUUCAUGUCUUGCAGGGAUACGAAGAGAUGCAGGAGACCGUGUUACCCGCAUGAAGGAACAACUCGCGUGCAAGGCGCUCGCGUCGGAGGCAGUACAGCAGCACAAGGAGCUAGAAGAAUAUGAGAAGAGGUUGGCAGAAGACCAUGUGGCACCAGAACGGUCAAAAAUGAAGAAGGAGCUGUCCGAAGUAGACAGAUACCUCAGGUCACCUUCUUUAAGCGCUAACUCUAGGAAGGUGUUGGAACUGCGUAAGGAGUUCCUUGAGAAAUCUAUUAGAGAGGCAGCUGAUAAAGCUCUGGAGGAGGCCCGAGGGGCCAAUCAGCAUCUGUUUUUAGCCCUAGAGGCUAAGUAUAUAGCGGAGCAGCAGGCAAGCCUUGAGGUCUUUAAGUACUUUGAUAAUCGUAUAGAGGAGGAGCCCGAUGAUCCCGUUUUGAUGGGACAAUUCUUAAGAGCUCAUCGCCAGUUUGAAACAAAAAGACUGGAGACUCUGCUGCUAAUGGACAGAGCAGCAGAUAUUGCCCGAGAGCAUGCAUAUGGACAGGAGAUUAAAUUACUCUUUAAAGACAACCAGAAACCUUCCUCUGGUCUUGCAGCAGAAAGAGCCAGACUUGAAGGGGUGCUAAGCGAAACAGAGGCGAGACUGAGAAUCGCACAAAGAAGAAGGGCAAGAGCGCGCAAGGGACUCCUGUCUCUUCCUAGAGAAUCAUCCUCUCGAUACAGCACCUCCACGGCCAAGGGCUCGGACGCCGACGUCACCGGGGCCCCUCGCUUCAUUUUAAAGAGGAGACUUCAAGGGGAGAUUACUCUUAUUGCCUAUUACAACGAGAAGAUAAGGCGUACACAUGAAGCCAUUGAGAAACUAGAAGUAACUUAUCCAGAUAAAAUAGCAGCAGCUAAGAAGGCUUGGGCUGCUAUCCGCCAAGAAUAUAUAACAACAGAGGCUCGGUUUGAGGCUGCAGGCGCUAGUGAGGAGGCUCUUAAGGCUGUUGGCGCCUCGCAAGCAAGCCUGGAACAAAUGGAAGACUAUGUAGACGAGGACGGAUCAGAGCUCAAGGCAGAUGAGCUCCUUAAAGACAUUGUUGAUGAUGAGCAGGUCUCCGACGAAGAACUCCUCAACAUACCAGAUAUCUCGUCUCCGAGUAUCAUCGAGCUCAUACGCAGAUUCGGAGAUCAACCCCCUCCAGAAGAUGAACCGCCUGCACCCCAAGUUGGCCAGCAGCUACGGGAAGCCCAGGAACAGCAGCAGCAGCCCCAACCAGAGCAACAGGAACAGCAGCAACAGGAACAGCAAAUGCAAGAGCAGGCCCAACAGGAUCUAGUUGUGGCUCAGCUGGUUCACCUGGAGAACCACGGGGAAGAGAAUGAGCGGACGAAAGCGCAUCAGGGAGAACAACGGGCGCAGCAGGAGGAACAGCCGACGCAGCAGGAGGAGCCGCAGACGCAGCACGACGCACAGCUUGCGCAGCAGAACGAACAGCCGACUCAGCAGGAGCAGUCUGUGGGGGAGCAGCAAGCGCCGCAGGGGGAGCAGGCGAUGCAGCAGGAAGAGGAAGGGGAGGAAGAAGAAGAGGAGGACGAGGAGGAGGGAGAGGAGGAGGGAGAACAGGAGGAAGGGCAACAGGAGCAGCAGUUGAAGGAGACAGCGGGAGGAGAGGGACAGGGAGAGAGUGAGGAGGAAACGACUGCAGAGACACCAGUAGAAGCGGAGGCUGUAAAGGAGCAUGCGGUGGGUGAGCGGCAAGCGCAGCGGGAGGAACAGCUGACUCAGCAGGAGCAGUCUGUGGGGGAGCAGCAAGUGCAGCAGGACGAUGACCCGACCCAGCAGGAGCAAGCGCAGCAGGGGGAGCAGGGGGUGCAGCAGGAAGAGGAAGGGGAGGAAGAAGAAGAGGAGGACGAGGAGGAGGGAGAGGAGGAGGGGGAACAGGAGGAAGGGCAGCAGGAGCAGAAGGAGACAGCGGGAGGAGAGGGACAGGGAGAGAGUGAGGAGGAAACGACUGCAGAGACACCAGUAGAAGCGGAGGCUGUAAAGGAAACAAAGUGGAAGGAAGACACAGCCAUAGCAGCAGAAAUGGAGGCUGCAUCAGAGGAGGAGACUGGUGACGAAGAGGAUGAAGGGGACGAAGAUGGCGAAGAGGAAGGACAAGAAGGGAGUGGAGUUUAA